UAAUUUUUAAUUUUUACUCUUCUUCGUUUUGGUUAAAAUACUCGCAAGGCGUUGUGAGCUUUUUUGUUUCCGUCUUUGGUCCUGGUUUUCUCUUGUCAUCUUCUUCUUCUCUCCUCUUCAUAAAUUCGUCGUGAUUCCAUGACCUUCAACGAGACCAAACCAUUAUCAGUAUCCGUAAAAUGUAGUUUAUCUCAUGAACAAGUACGUUUAUUUAUUAACCCAUGAAAUUGAAAACCAUUACUUAGCCACCUUCCAAAUUGCUGCAUUUGUUUAAAACUCCAAUCAUUUUAUAUCUUUCCGGAUCUGCAUUCCUGUGAAGGGAGGUCACAGAUUUAAAAAAAAAAAAAAAACUGAAUACCUUUAUUCAUAAUUUUUAUUCUUUGCAAUUCCGAUUGAUUGUUUUUGUAUAUACAAGUUUUGAGGCGAGCAAUACUGAGUAUUGAGGAGUGAGUGGUUUGUACUAAUAAGAAGAAUAUGCAUUGGUUGAAGCAAAAAGGGAACGGGAAUGGGAGCAUGAGGUCGUCAGGGAGGAGGCUGUCCCUUGGGGAGUACAAGAGGGCGGUGUCAUGGUCGAAGUACUUGGUGUCGCCGGGUGCGGCGAUCAAGGGAGAAGGCGAAGAGGAAUGGAGUGCUGACAUGUCUCAGCUUCUCAUUGGUUCCAAGUUCGCCACGGGAAGGCACAGCAGGAUCUACAGAGGUGUAUACAAGCAGAAGGAUGUGGCCAUCAAGCUUGUAAGCCUGCCUGAGGAGGAUGAGGAUCUUGCUUCUUUUCUUGAGAAACAAUUCACUUCUGAGGUCUCCUUGCUCCUCCGCUUGCGCCAUCCCAAUAUCCUCACUUUUAUUGCAGCCUGCAAGAAACCUCCUGUCUUUUGUAUAAUUACCGAAUACUUAGCCGGCGGAUCAUUGAGAAAAUAUCUGCAACAGCAACAAUCAAAUUCAGUUCCACUCGAAAUUGUUCUGAAAUUAGCCCUUGACAUUGCACGGGGAAUGCAAUAUCUUCACUCUCAGGGGAUACUUCAUAGGGAUCUCAAAUCAGAAAAUCUGCUUCUGGGGGAAGAUAUGUGUGUAAAAGUAGCAGAUUUUGGUAUCUCUUGCUUGGAAUCUCAGUGUGGUAGCGCGAAAGGAUUCACCGGAACUUACCGGUGGAUGGCUCCGGAAAUGAUCAAAGAAAAGCAUCACACUAAGAAAGUUGAUGUCUAUAGUUUUGGCAUAGUUCUAUGGGAGAUUUUAACAGGACAGACACCAUUUGAAAACAUGACACCAGAGCAAGCUGCAUUUGCAGUUUCCCACAAGGGUACAGAGGUGAGCGUACAGAUAUUCCUCCUGCAAUUAUCUCGUGCUGACAUGUGUCCAAGGGGAGCCGCAUGUGAAUGUUUGGGGAACGGUGUAACAUGACGCCUCCAUGUAGCCGAGUAGCUCCUGCUGGGGAAGGGAAUUGGCUCCG